UGCUUUAAAGCUAAUAUGUCCGUGACCGAAUCGGGACCGAAAAGUAUCGAGGCCGACUUGAAAAAAAAAGUAUCCAAGGGAAAUAACCGUUAUCACACUUGCAAAAUGAAACUAGUAUUUAUUUUAGCUGUCAUUAUUCCAUUGAGUGUCAUAUUCUGGUUAUCAACAUGUAUCUUCCAUUAUUAUAGAUCAGAUGUUGAAACUGUGUCCCCAGUAAGGUUUCUCAUAGCAGUUGUAGCCCCUGUCCUCAUCACAAAAUGGGGACAGAAAAGAGGAAGCCUGGACACAUCAGGAGCUGUUGCAGCGUUACUUGUUGGAUUUCUGAUGACAAUAAGCAACCUGUGUUUCUUCUCAUCUCUCCUUGCCUUCUUUGUGUUUGCUUCAAAGGUCACCAAGUUCAGAACAGAUCAGAAGAAGAAACAAGAGGAUGAUUUUAAAGAAGGUGGAAUGAGAAACUGGGUACAGGUCCUGUGUAACGGAGGUAUCGCAGCAGAAAUGGCCUUGAUAUACCUGGUCGAUGUUGGCUGCUCAGAGAAGUUGAUCGACUUCAGCACACAUUACACCGCUAGUUGGUUCAGUAUGGCCGUACUUGGUGCCCUCUGUUGUAGCUGUGGUGACACUUUCUCCUCCGAGAUUGGCUCUGUAAUUGGUAAAUCAAGGGAGGCAAUUCUAAUAACAAAUUUCAAAUAUGUACCCAAAGGUACAAAUGGUGCUAUAUCUUUGACUGGUACACUGGCAAGUAUGGUUGGUGGAAUGUUGGUGGGGCUUGCGUUUUAUAUCACACUGUUAUUGCUGGUCAAUGAUGUAUAUUUAUUAGAGUCACCAGCCCAGUGGCCUGUAGUGCCGAUCUGCGCGCUACUUGGAUUACUAGGAUCAACUAUUGACUCAUUCCUUGGAGCAACACUCCAGUACUCAGGGUAUGACAAGAAAAAGCAGUGUGUUGUACACCAUCGUGGACCAGGGAUAGAUGAUAUAUGUGGUACAGAUUUCCUCGACAACCACAGUGUGAAUCUUCUAUCCUCUCUACUUACCUCCCUCCUGGCACCGAAACUAGCACUCAGUCUAUGGCAUCGCUUCUUAGAAAUAGACCGCUUUCAGUUCUUAGAAAAGUCACCUGUAUGAUUAUUUUAGAAAUUUACGACAAAUACCUUAGAGCAGUAACAGGUUAAGUCCUUUCAAAUUUAAUAGGAGUUAACCAGUUAUAGCACUGAGGCAACAAUAUACAAACUUUGCUCAAACAGCUGGAAAGUGGAAAGUUUUCUUUUAAAUUGCAAAAAUGAUAUUUUUGACAUCUUGAAAAGACAUAUGUAAUCUAUGCUAUAUCUAAACGAAAUGGCGUCUCUAUGUCCACUAUAAAUAUUUGAAAGAAAGCUUUAGAAUUUGACUGUGAAUUCUAAAAGAAAAUUUCCAUGAAUUAAAUAUGGAUUUCUCCAGGACAGUUUUUUUUAUGCCCCCGCCAUGUAAUGGCCGGGGCAUAUAGUGUUACCCUGUUCCGUCAUUCCGUCCUUCCGUCCUUCCGUCAUUCUGUCAUUCUGUCAUCAUCAGUUUCCGUUCAUUAUCUUAAGAACGGUUGCACACAUUCAACUCAAAUUUGACAUAUGGAUAUGUCAUGAGAAAAUACAGGUCAAGUUCGAAUUUGGUCUUGGUUUGAUGAUUUUUGGCAGAGUUAUGCCCCUUUUACUUUGAAAAUAAUAUGAAAUUUCAGUUUCCGUUCAUUAUCUCCCCAACGGUACAACACAUUCAACUCAAACUUGACAUAUGGAUAUGUCAUUAGAAAAUACAGGUCAAGUUCGAAUUUAGUCAUGGUUCGAUGAAUUUUGGCAGAGUUAUGCCCCUUUUACUUUGAAAAUAAUAUGAAAUUUUCAGUUUCCGUUCAUUAUCUCCCCAACGGUACAACACAUUCAACUCAAACUUGACAUAUGGAUAUGUCAUGAGAAAAUACAGGUCAAGUUCGAAUUUGGUUAUGGUUCGAUGACUUUUGGCAGAGUUAUGCCCCUUUUACUUUGAAAAUAAUAUGACAUUUUCAGUUUCCGUUCAUUAUCUCCCCAAAGGUACAACACAUUCAACUCAAACUUGACAUAUGGAUAUGUCAGGAAAAAAAUACAGGUCAAGUUUGAAUUUGGUUAUGGUUUGAUGAUUUUUGGCAGAGUUAUGCCCCUUUUACUUUGAAAACAAUAUGAAAUUUUCAGUUUCCGUUCAUUAUCUCCCCAAUGGUACAACACAUUCAACUCAAAUUUGACAUAUGGAUAUGUUUUUGGAAUGCCCAGGCCAAGUUCGAAUUUGGUCAUGGUUCAAUGAUUUUUGGCAGAGUAAUGCCCCUUUCACUUUGAAAAUAAUAUGAAAUUUACAGUUUCUGUUUAUUAUCUACCCAACAGUGAUACAUAUUCAACUUAAAUUUGACAUAUGGAUAUGUCAAAGGAAUGGGCAGGUCAAGUUGGAAUUUGGUCAUGGUUUGAUGAUUUUUUGGCAGAGUUAUGUCCCUUUCACUUUGAAAAUAAUAUAGAUACAUCUUAGGAAUAAGCAGUUAAUGUUUGAAUUUGGUCGUGGUUCAAUGAUUUAAGACAAACUUAUCUUUCCUGAAUGUUGGAAAAAUUUUGAACUUUCAGUUUCAGCACUCAUACUUUUAGCCAUUAUUUUGGCUACAAAUAUGCAAUAUGCUUUUUUUAAAAGGUUAAGACUGAAUAAUUUCAGUGCCUUGAACAUUGUAUGAAAAUGGUUUGUGUUAACAUUGAAGGGCUUUGAACAUUUAAGGGCUUUGAACUUAAACUGAAAAAAAUAAUUAAUGCACCAUCUGAAAUUUUGGCUGCAUGCGGGGGCAUCCGUGGCAUGAUGACACAUUUCUAGUUUUUUUUUCAAAAAUAAAUCUAAAAGGGACUCCACUGAGUUUUGUUGGCAUGAUGGGACAGAAAGUGAUUUCUUAAAAAAGUAACUCAAACUUUUUAUUAAAAUUUUCUUAAAACAUCAUUUAAAAGUCAUCUGAAUGCUUUGUGUUAUUUUUCAUUAGUAAACUAACAAAAUAGCUUUAUUAUACCUCUUCCAUAUCAGGGUACAAAGCUUUUUACUUAUGUUGGUAACGAAAUAGUCUAGUUUGUGACUUUUGUAAGGCAGCAUUAUUUUUUUCCCCGUUUUUGUAUUUUUGCAAUUAAGAUGGUAACAAAAACAUCUAGUCUGUGGUCUUUGACAGCAUUAAUUUUUUCCCCUAGUUUUAAUGUAGCUUUGCAACUAAGAUGAUUUAAGGUUUACAUAGCAGCAUAUUUAUAUUAUAAAUUUACAGUGUUAUGUGUUCUAUAAGUGUUUAAGACGUUGUUUGUUAGAAGCCAAGCCCGGCUUUCACUAACGUUCUCAAACUGAGAUAAAUCUCAACUUUAGAUUGUCUCAAUAUAGACUGAGAUUCUUACUCACCUGAGAAAAAUCUCAAGUCUUAAGUUGAGAUUUUUCUCAGAUUUUGUUAGUGAAAGCCAAACUGAGAAAAAUCUCAAUCUCAGUCUCUGAGUUGAGAAAAAUCUCAGAUUUGAGCUGAGAUUUUGACUUUGAGAAAGUAAGUGAAAGCCGGGGCUGAUCCUCUUCAUGAUUUAUUGUUUCAAGACGGAAUCAAAGGUGUUAUAGACAUGAGCCUUAAACUUUUCACCCAAUUUCUUUUUUUCAACUAUUCCUUUUACCUUAUUCAAAAUUCUAAAUUUUUGAAACUUAUUCAUAGAAUCAACCAAUGCAUCAUAAAUUUGUACACAAAACUUGCCCUGCUUUGAGUAUCAAUUAGAGUAUUUUAUUUUAUUUCCUAAAGAGUUGGUUUUUUUAUUCAAAAGCUCAAAUUUAGCAGUCAACAGACUCUUUUCUCAGAAUACUAGGGCGUUAAGGGGGCUUGACCUUAUAAUAGUGGCCUCAGAAAGUUUGACUGCAUACUUCAUAAUCACUAUUACACAUGUUGACUUCAUCUUUAUUUUCAUCUUCCAAUUUUUCAUCAUUUUGACAUAUGUGUUCAGUUUAUAUUUGAUUCAAAAGUGUUGAGUUUUUCUGAAAUAUUUUAGAUGUAUUUAAGAUAUAUUAAGGAUACGACAAGGGUUUUAUCCAUUUUGUGGCAUUUAUAAUGUUUUGUGUUUAAUGUGAAUGGUAGCCAUACAUGUAAUCUACAAGUACUCUACAAGUACAUGAAUUUAUUUACCUUGUCAUUAUAAGAAUAUACAAGUGUAUUUGAGCCGCGUCACGACAAAACCAAUGUUAUGUGUUUGCGACCAGCAUGGAUCAAAACCAGCCUGCUCAUCCGCACAGUCUGAUCAGGAUCCAUGCUAUUGCUAUCAGUUUCUCUACUUAAAAUAGGGUUUGUAAGCGAACAGCAUGGAACCUGAUCAGACUUCGCGGAUGCGCAGCCUGGUCUGGAUCCAUGCUGGUCGCAAAAGCAUUAUUUUGGUUUCGUCGUGAUGCGGCUCAAUUUUAAAUGUUGAGGGCAUUCUAGUGUAUAGUGUACAAUAUAUUUUUUUUUGCAAAUGUCCAUCUUGAAAGCACUUUCUUUAUAUUUUUUCAACAGUCUUUAAUUAGUGUUAAAAAGUUUGAACUAUUUAAGGAAUAGACAUACAACAGUUUAUUGUUCUUUCAGUUUUAGAUGUACUGUGCCUUUUAUUCAUUUCUAAAGAACUACAUGUGUUAUUUUGUAAUAAUUUAUUUACACAAGACUAGUGUCGUCACAUUUUGUCAAAUUAUGUUCUGAAAAAGUGGAUGACAUUAUUAUAUUAUAUAUAAUAUGAAUUGUCUUAAUAGGAAUUAUUUUUGUUAGAGGUCAUGACCUUAAACAAGAUGAUGCAGUUGAUUUUAUCUUAACCUGUAUAAUGGUAUUUAAUUCAAGUGGUGGCAGCCCGAGUGGUUAACACUUAAGGUAGUCUUACUGUAACAUUUUCCUACCAAAUUUCAGCAAAUAUUGUAGCAAAUCCAUUAUUUCCGAAAUAUGAUGUUUUCAAAAUCCUGAGCAUUAGAUUAUUUACAAUCACUCGUCCUUUAUCGCAAUGUACUCAAUUCUGGUUAUAAACAGUUGCACAUUAUUGAAUACCGAAGAUUGUGAAAAUAUCGUUCCGCAGAAGACUGAUUUAUAACGACUUUGGCCGAUAUUAAAAAUUUUUUGGCGGGAAAGCAUUUCAAUAGCACUACCUUAAGACUGGUUACCUAAAGGAUUGCUGGCCUCAUGGAUUUAAACCCCAUCAGUGAUAAGCUGUUGUUUCCUUAAACAAGAAUUUUUUUUCUCAUUGCAUAAUAUUCAGAUUGAUUACUGAUUAGUACUGACAGUGUAUAUGUAAGCUUAUAACAACCUGCACACUCGAAUUGUUAUAAAUUCUGUAUAAACUGACUGUAUUCAAUGGACUAUACAGUCAAACCAGUGUUUAAGACCACCUCUAAGUAAAGAUAAUCUAAUGAAUAUAGAUUAUUUUUCAUCAAACGUACAUUGAACAGAGUAACCCCCAAAUCAAGACCACUGUCAAUGUUAAGUCUCUUCUUUAUGGCCUUGGUUAACAUGUUUGACUGUCUACAUAUUCUGGAAAACCCAUUGCGAUUUUACAACUGUAUGAUGAAAGUUGAUUUACUGUGGAUUUUACAGGUGUUUUAAAUGAUUUUGUUUUGGGGUCACUAUUGUUUGUUAUUUAUAUUGAUUAAAUAUAUUUAUUUAUUAUUUCUUAUGAUUAUUGGUAGUACAACAAGAGGUAAUUUGUUGGUAUUUGUUGUAGUAUAAAUUAUUAUAUAAUAUAAAUAACAAUGAUGUACAUGUAAUUUUUUUAUAAAACAUAAUUUAAUGUAAUAUAUCCAUCUUUGAAUCAAGUGAGUAUUUUGUUUAACUCAUGAUGUUGUCAGGUCAGCAUAUCCAUUUAGUUUCUGUGUUUUUACUUGGUUACCGUGAGGCUAACAUUUUGAUAUAAUAAUUGAACACAACUCUUACUCAUAACAUCAUUUUACAAAUGAUGAUAAAAGACAUUAAGAUUGUUGAGGAUAUUAAAAAUAGAAAAGCGAAUUACCCUUGAAAUGUUAAAAAUAGCUAUAAAUAGGUGAUGAUAAACAAAUUUCAGAAGUUUUAUAUUUAUUUCCAGAGCUAAAAAAUUGAAUAUCUUAAAGAAUUCAAAGUUUCUAUUUAAAAAAUAGUGAAUAGUGUUAUGUGUUGUUUUCCAAUCACGGCAUUCAAUUAUUAUUAUUAUAGUAAUGUUGUUUUUUGGAAAUUAAUUGUCUCUUUAGUUUGUAAUGGAAAAUGAAUCGAAAAAUUAAGCAUUUUUUCUCAAGACCGGCUUUCACUGACGUUCCCAAACUAUGACCAUUCUCAACCUAAGAUUGUCUCAAUAUUGACUGAGAUUCUUACUCACCUGAGUAAAAUCUCAAGUUGGCUUUCACUAAACUUUUUCUCAACCCUUGAGAUUUUUCUGAACUGAGACUUUCAUUAUCUCAAUGCAUGAGUGAAAGCCAAACUGAGUUGAGAAAAAUUUCAGAUUUGAGCUGAGAUUUUGACUUUGAGAACUUUGGUGAAAGCCGGGCAAGAUCUGUUGUUCCAAAAGUGACUGCCAACUUUUUUCCAGACAGUGGUGAUGUGAAGGUUUCAUGGCAUUAGGCUGAUGAAGUGUUGUCAGCCUAUCUGUGGUGUUAUCCUUUACCACCUUAAUUACCUUAAAUUGACUUGUCCAUCUUUCAGUCUGGACAAAACCAUUCAUCAUUUUUGGGGGAAAUUUUAAAAACUUUGUACUGACUGAAUAGUGUACAGUUCAGACCAUGGAGACAAGCAAUCAUGUGGGAAAUUUCUUUGUUUUAUAAACUGCUUUAGUUAUUGUUGAUUUUAUACAUUUGUUAAUAAGAAAAGUAAAAAAUAAAAAUAAUUUAUAUACUGUA